GCGCAAGCCGGGUCUUGGUAUAUGUUGGGGAUACAAUAACCGUCCAAUCAUAGCCUGGAAAUGAACCGACGAUCCUAACGGCCAAGCCCUUGUUGGUUCUCUCGUGGGGAUCCCCGGCCGUCGAAUAUCACCCGAGUUGCGCUUUGGCACGCCUGGGCAAGGUUCUCGGGCCCAUAGCUGAAACCCCUCGGUAUCAUGCCGAACUACAAUGACAGAUCCGGGCCUACUGAAACACCGCAGCAGCGUCAUCUUCUCGAUCCCGGGGAUGGAAACGCGGACGCCGACAUUGGCGAAGAAGUACCAGAUCUCGAUAGUUGGCGACCAAGACGAUCAAAUACCCACAGCUCGGCCCAGCGCGUGCGGUUUUCUUACGACGUCCCCUACGAUGAUGCGCGACAUCGCAUAGACAUGCCUGACCGUAUGAUCUCCGAUUCGAUUGACGAAGCCGCCGGGUCGGGCCUGCGAAUGGGGUCUGGCGAUCCGUCACGGGCUCAUGCUUCCUUACCGACAAUGACGGGUAGCCCGGAUGAGGGAAGACGCGUAGGAUACCCGUUCGAUGCGCCUUUACAAGCGGAAGAGUCUCGAGGUUCGCGCAAGAAUGACAAGCGAACCCAGGAAGCCGAAGAUGCCGGCCACGAUUCGCAAUUCCGGCUCGACAACUAUCGCGCGUGGGUAACUCGCCAACAAAAACGAGCGCGAGGACCGCGGGUCAAGCUGGAAAAUGCAUUCAACGAAUACUACCAGAAAUGGAUCAUCGAAGGUCUGCUGCGCCAGCGACCGCUCCCGCCGAGCGUCGACGGCCGGCAUAUACCCCUCAGCGCCGGCGCUGUCCGCAAGACACCCCUAAUCGACGAACGAAGCGGUAAACAUUACAUUUCGAAUUUCAUCCGCUCCAGCCGAUAUACCAAGUGGUCCUUCCUCCCGAAGCAGUUGUAUUUCCAGUUCAGCAAGCUCGCCAACUUCUACUUCUUGGUCAUCGCUAUCCUGCAGCUGAUCCCAGGCCUGAGCACCACGGGCUCGUACACCACCCUCAUCCCUUUGCUCAUAUUCGUGUCUUUUAGUAUGGCGAAGGAAGGUUACGACGACUAUAGAAGAUAUAUCCUCGAUAAGACCGAGAAUCUUGCGCCGGCGUGGGUUCUCGACCCGGAGGGAACCGCCAGAGAUAUUAAGGUAAGGGGGUUUGCGACGAAGAGGUUUAGGAAAGGACGGAAGCAGGAACAAGACAUGACGGAGCUGCAGGAAAUUGGGGAGAUCCAAGAGGAGCCGAUGUGGUCUGCGAUUCAAUGGCAAGACCUCAGAGUCGGCGACGUAAUUCGAUUGCGAAGGGACGACAACGUGCCGGCCGACAUCGUGGUCCUCCAUGCCACCGGCCAUAACGGGAUCGCGUAUAUCGAAACCAUGGCGCUCGAUGGGGAGACGAACCUCAAAAGCAAGCAAGCGUGCCCCUUAAUAUCCAAGCAUUGCGAUACCAUCGAGAAGAUGGGGAGCUGCCAAGCCGAAAUCGUGUCCGAGGAUCCUAACGCCGACCUGUACAACUUCGAGGGCCGCGUGACUGUCGAGGGGGAGACUCGGCCCUUGACGAUGAACGAUGUCGUGUACCGCGGCUCGACCUUGCGGAAUACGGACCAGGUGAUCGGGCUGGUCGUCAACACGGGCGAGGAGUGCAAGAUCCGCAUGAACGCAAACAGGAACGUUCGAACGAAGGCUCCUGAGAUCCAGACUCUGCUGAAUCGUAUCGUCAUCCUCCUCGUCUUCGUCGUAUUGACUCUUACCGUCGGGUGCAUGGGUGGCUACUAUCUGUUCAGAGAAUCCUACGAACGACACGCCCCCUAUCUACGCGAUGCUGGAGUGCCCUUUACCCAGAUUUGGUUUGGGUUCAUCAUCGCGUUCAACACCUUAAUCCCGCUGUCCUUGUAUGUCAGUCUUGAGAUUAUCAAGGUCGGGCAGUUCUUCCUGUUGGACGAUGUCGAGAUGUACGACCCUGAAACCGAUACGCCCAUGGUUGUCAAUACUACCACCAUUCUCGAAAACCUGGGCCAGGUCAACUACGUCUUCUCCGAUAAGACCGGCACUCUGACGGAAAACAAGAUGCGCUUUAAGAAGCUCAGCGUUGCAGGGACAGCAUGGUUCCAUGAUAUGGAUACCAGCCAGGAUCAGGAGACUGUCGAUUUGAAAGGGAAAGGUCCGCAACUCGAGGGCGAAGCAAGCAUAAAUCUGGCCCUGGAAAGGGACGAGCGGGUCGAGACUCCGUUGAUUAGCAGUCAGCAUCAGUCCGGUUCCGUUCGGGGGCGACGACAUCGCCCAGCACACCCUGCGACAACACCCAAGACCGAAGCCAUGCUGAGUUAUAUCCACCAAAAUCCCAACACUGCCUUUUCGAAGAAGGCCCGGCAAUUCCUCCUCUGUGUAGCGCUGUGCCAUACGUGCUUACCGGAGGUCAAAGAGGACGGCAAGAUCGCUUUCCAGGCUGCGUCUCCGGAUGAGCUCGCCCUGGUGCAGGCGGCCCGCGAUCUCGGCUACCUCCUCGUUGACCGCCCGACGCACUCCAUCCAUCUCCAAUCUCGGAACCUAGAAGGGGAGCUUGUCACGGAGACGUACGAGGUUCUGGACGUCGUCGAGUUUAGCAGUAAGCGAAAGCGCAUGUCGAUCGUCAUACGCAUGCCCGACGGUAGAAUCUGCGUCUUCUGCAAGGGAGCUGAUAACAUCCUGAUCCCCCGUUUAAAGAAUGCCCACCUGGCUAAGAAGAAAGCGUCCGAUGUGGAACGAAGGGCGAGUAAGCGGAGGAGCAUAGAGGCCAGCAGGGCCAUGAGCCGCACGAGUGGCACGUUUAGCAACCCAUACAGCCCCAGGAACAGCAUAAGCAAGCGUAACAGCAUCUUUCGGAGAGGUAGUGAGCGCCAGUCCACUGAUGUGGCCCGUCAUUCCGUUGUGUCGGACGACCUCGACAUUUGGCUCGCGAGGCGCGAGGCCUUGGAUUCGGACGAUGCUGCCGCAGCAAUAUACGACGAGGAUCCCGACACGGCUCGCCGGUCGAUGGGCCUCUCGCCGGUCUUGCUCGCGGGGACCAACGAAGUCUACGACGGGCUCGUGAACGAGGCGGUGGCGGCGGACGACGGCGCCAUCUUCGAGCGGUGCUUCCAGCACAUCGGCGAGUUCGCCUCGGAGGGUCUCCGGACGCUCCUGUUUGCCUAUCGCUACAUGCGCGACGAGGAGUACGACGAAUGGAAAAAGACAUACCGCGCCGCCUCGACCAGCCUGGUGGACCGGCAGCAGCGCAUCGAGGAGGCGGCGGAGCUGAUCGAGCAGGACUUCGACCUCGCCGGCGCGUCUGCCAUCGAGGACAAGCUCCAGGCCGGCGUCCCCGAGACGAUCGAGAAGCUUCGCCGGGCCAACAUCAAAGUGUGGAUGCUCACGGGCGAUAAACGCGAGACUGCCAUCAAUAUCGCGCACUCGGCGAGACUGGCGAAGCCCUUCUCCGAGGUCUACAUCCUCGACGUCGCCGAGGGCGAUUUGCAGGAGAAGAUAACCUCGACUCUGAUCGACGUCGGCCGCGGGACUGUGGCCCACGCCGUCCUCGUCGUAGACGGCCACACCCUAGGCAUCAUCGAGAAGGACGAAUCGCUGCGAAUAAUGUUCUACGAUCUCGCCGUUCGCAUCGAUUCCGUGAUCUGCUGCCGGGCGUCUCCGUCGCAGAAGGCCGGCUUGGUCCAGUCCAUCCGCGACACAGUCCCGUCUUCCCUGACCCUGGCGAUCGGCGACGGGUCCAACGACAUCGCCAUGAUCCAAGCGUCACACGUCGGCAUCGGCAUAUCCGGCCGCGAGGGCCUCCAGGCCGCGCGUGUGGCCGACUACUCGAUCGCCCAGUUCCGAUUCCUCCAGCGGCUCCUCCUCGUCCACGGCCGCUGGAUGUACCUCCGCACCGCCAAGUACAUCCUCGCGACGUUUUGGAAGGAACUGGUCUUUUAUAUCGUACAGGCCCAGUACCAGCGCUGGAACGGAUAUACGGGCACGUCGAUCUACGAGGCGUGGAGCUUGACAGUGUUUAACGCCCUCUUCACCUCCCUGCCGGUUAUUAUGCUUGGUAUGUUUGAGCAGGACCUCAAGGCGGAAACACUGCUCGCAGUCCCUGAGCUGUACACGUUCGGCCAGCGGAACCAGGGCUUCAACUUCAAGAAGUAUCUCGCCUGGUCGCUCUCCGGCGCCGUCGACACCGUAAUCAUCUAUAUGGUCGUCUGGGGCUUCUUCAAGGAUAUACUCUUCACCGAAAACAACUCCCUCUUCCCCUUUGGGCAACUAGCAUUUACCGUCGCUGUGGUGGUUAUCAACGUAAAGAUCUUGAUCUUGGAGUGCCAUAACAAAACCAUCAUCACAUUCACCGGCUUUGCCCUGUCUAUCAUACUGUGGUUUAUGUGGAAUCUCGCGAUAGGGGGCAUCUACCCCGUCGGGAUCGGGCCGUACAUCGUGCGGGGCUCGUUCGUGCGCGAGUUCGGGAACAAGCUCAGCUGGUGGACGACGGCCGGGGCGGCCACCGCGGCCGUGAUCGCGUUCGAGCUCGGCAUCACGGCGCUGCAGCGCAUCUACUUCCCGCGCGACCACCACCUGUGGCAGGAGAUCGAGCGCGAGGGCGGCGUCUUGGAGGUGCUCGCGGAGCACGCCGCUGAGGAGGGCCGCGCGUCCGCCGAGGCAGAUCGCCGGGGCGACGGCGCAGCGGCCGCCAGCGAUCUCGACCAGCGGCCUCUAAGCCCCGUGCUGAGCGAGGUCUCGUCAGGAAAGGGGCAGCGCCGCAGCUACUACUACGGACCUGAAAGGUCUAACAGCCAAUAUGUGCCCGGGCCAGCGCAGCGGGGCGAGCGAUCCCUAAUUAACACGAGCGCGCAUGGGCUUACGGCCCAUAUGGGUGAUCGGAUAUAGACGACAUGAGGGAGGGAGCCUUUUCUUUGGAGAUAUACAUAUGAUUCUCGGAGUAGUUUGGCGUUUGGUGCUUCGAUGUGGAAGCUCUCGGUUGUUUUGUUUUUCCACUCU